AUGGCCCCACGUUCGCAUGUCUGUUGCGUGCCAUUCCCUGGUGCUGGUCAUGCGGUCAACAUGUUCAACAUCGCGGUGACUCUCGCAAAUCCCAACAUGCCUGUACACACAUUCGUCCUCUCGAGACGAGAAGCUGAAAAAUGGCUUGCAGCCACGGGUCAGUCCAAGAAUGACUACGUAACAAUUGAAGUCCUUGCGGACGGCAAGUGGGAAGACUGGCACGCCGAUCAAGCCAUGGACUACUUCCGGUUGCUGCAGAGCCCUGAAUUCUCAACAGCGGUGGAAGCCGCCGUCCUGGCUGUCGAAGAAGCAUUUCCAGAAGAUGUCUGCGCAGCACUGGUGUUCAAUCCCACCAUGGGUUCGCUGGGGAGCGUAGCCUCCAGGCGUGGAUUGCGGCCAUACUUGCUCGUGCCUACUCCUUACUAUAUGAUACGUGUUGGAAGUUGUCAUUCCGAGGGCGUGCCAUUGACAACCAAACAUCUCCUCAAUGGUAUUGGCGGCAGCGAAACGCCUGUUGAGGUCGAGGUGGGAGACGCUAUGGAUCUUACCACUCCGAUGUGGUAUCAGGUGAUCAAGCCAUUGUUUGAGAAUUCUGCAGGUCUCAUAUACUCGAACACAAACAUCGGUCUUGAGGGGGGCGAGUUCCAGCAGCCACACCUCCCAACGCGAAAUGACGCCCUCAAACCCGUCUUCAUGGUCGGUCCUAUCUUGCCCCAAUGGUAUGAAAAUGCUCUAGAAGACCCGACAGCUAAAGACGAAUAUUUGGCCAAAGCAGCGGAAAAGGAUCCGUGUAUACAAUUUCUCGACGCACAUCAGCCGAAGUCGGUUGUAUACAUCGCCCUUGGUAGUCAUGUGGAGUUGGAGCAAUGGCAGGCGGAAGCGAUCAUAAAAAAUCUUCGCAAGCACAAUGUACGAUGGAUCUUGUUGUAUCGGAAUGAUACACAAUCCAUGAGACAAGCUCUUGGCGGCGACGAUAUACACGAUGGUGUUGUGACUCCAUGGGCGCCUCAGCUGGAGAUUAUGAUGCAUUCUGCCAUCAAAUGCGUGCUCUCGCACGGCGGCUUUGGCACAAUGGUGGAAGGCGUCUAUGCUGGCCAAUGCUUCAUCACGAGUCCUUGCGCUUCAGACCAGUUCAUUGAUUCGAAAGUCAUGCUAAACUUGGGCAUUUCGCUGGGGACGCUGGCGGUAAAUAAGCAUGUUUCUGUUGCGCAAAUGCCGAAAAUGGUGCCCAUCUGGUCGGAUGACAGUGGCAAGCAUGUUGAGAAGCUUUUCGACCACGUGUUUGGAACCAGCGACGGCGAUCGAGCGUUACAGACCGCACGAGAGGCCUCUCUAGCGCUUCGGAGGCGUAUGAAAGAGGCGAAGAUGCAAGACGGGGUGACACGUUUGGAGGACUUGCGUAAAGACAUUACCAGUGUUAGCUAG